CCGCUAUUCUACUUGAAUAACUUUGCGGCCCAACUGGAAAGAGAGAAGCAGCAUACUUCUGAACCUCUAUACUUUGGAUUUUGAUACUCUACAAAAAAUUCAUACAUCAUGUCUGCCCCCAAGCCCACUGUGCCUGUUGCACUUUCCACCGAGGCAGUUGAGGACCUCAUCUACGAUGCCCGGGCCGGUGACCUCGAGGCUUUGAACGCCGACAUCGCCAACUUGUCCUCGCAGCACAGCUGCCCAGAGUGGCAAAUCGUAGCAUCGGCCAUCGAUAUGGAAGAAGAAAGCGAAGGCGGCACCGGCGCCUGCGUGUUGCACUACCCUGCCGCAAAUGGAAACUCUGAAAUCCUCAACGCUCUUCUUCAGAAACUCACUGGCGCGGAUGCGGCGCAGCGCACAGCUUUUGUGAACCACAAGAACCACUCUGGUAACACAGCGCUGCACUGGGCUGCUCUGAACACCCACUUGGAGUGCGUUAAGGCGCUUGUCGAGGCUGGUUCUGAUGUUGCUAUUAAGAACGAUGCUGGUCACGAUGCCGUUUUCCUUGCCGAGCGGGCUGCUUGGUCUGCUUCCGCGGAGGAGGUCAAGGAGGAUGAGGAGGGUAACCAGGAGAUUGAGAUGACUAUUGGCGAGGAACAAGAGGGUGGCGAGGAGAGUGCUGGGGAGAUGUCUGCGGGCAGACAAGUUGUUGAGUGGUUGUUGAGCUCAGAGAAGUCGGCUGGGUUGGAGAGUGGUGCCAAUGAGGGAUCAAGCUCGGCGUGAUGCGCCUAGACGUGGAUGAGUGAUUGUGAUUUAUGGUUCCAUGAAUAAAAGUAAGGAUAUAGAC